AUGGAUCAACACUUAGAUGCAUUCAAAAUUCGCACCAGAAAAGCUAGAUUUGUCCGCAAGAGAAUCCUUCAGCACAAAAAAAGAUUGCGACAACUUAAGGCUCAUAGAAAUGUUAACUAUCAAUUUUCCAUUAGCACUAACCGAGCUGUCAUGGUUGGGGAAUCAAGUAAGACGACAUCCACUGUAACACCACUAUUAAACAAUGUCCAUCACCAACACUUACAUCACUCAUUCGAAAAUGUUUCAAUCACAAAAGACUUCCCUUCAAAUUCAAUUAACAAAACCCCAUUGUCUGGAGUAGUCAAGAAUCUGAGUUACAAUAGCAUUACUAACUCAGGUGCUAAUAGCAGAAAAACACAAACCUCUAUGGCUCAUACUAGACUAAACACUGCAUUGACUGAUAUAACCUCAUCUGUUGUGAACCAACAAACACCCAAACCAAAUAUUCGUUUCAAUCACAUCCCUAACUCAUCUCCUAAUAGUGGGACAACACAUACCUCUAUGACUCCUACAGGAAAAAACACUCCACUUUCUGAUAUAACAUCAUCAAUUGUGAACAAACGAACCACCAAUGUGAGGUUUCCCCCGAAUUCACCAAACCGUGUCUUAAAAUCUAAGCAACCCAGUACACAGCCUCAUAUCGAAAGGGUACAUGUUAACUUGGCAACCAAGUUUGACACUGUAAAUAGCAUUGCUACCAAUCCCACACGUGUAAAUAGUACUAUGGCUAUCCCACCCGUUUCAAUUCCAACCAGUCUAAACAAAAGGAAACAUUCUCAGCCUGAUGAUACUACUUCCGAAGUGUUACCAAAUGAAUAUUUUUCACCAAGUAGUGAAGAAGAUUCAUUUGAUUCUGAAAGCGAUACCGACAGUGAUCAUGAUGAAUGUUCGGCCUUAGUUCUUGAUACAAACUCAGGUUUUGCACAAGCUUAUUCAGACAUUGGAGAUGCUCUGUUCGAAUGUCAAUCAUGUGGAGCUAACAUGUGGUAUCAAGAGAGACGUCAAAAAGCAAGACAUAGUGCUAACCCUACUUUUCAAAUGUGUUGUAGUAAUGGGAAAGUUCAAUUACCAUUGCUAAAAAAUCCACCAGAAUCUCUUGGAAAUUUACUGUUUGAUACAAAAUCAAAACAAAGUAAACACUUCCAACAAAAUGUUCGAAUGUACAAUUCGAUGUUUUCAUUUACAUCACCUGGUAUGAAGUUUGAUAAAAGAUUUAAUCAUGGUAAAGGUCCACCAAAUUUGAGGUUACAUGGACAACCAUGUCAUCGAAUUGGGAGCAUGUUACCAAAUAUCGGUGACCCUCCGAAAUUUGCUCAGCUUUAUAUUUAUGACACCGACAAUGAGCUGGCUAAUCGAAUCCAUAGUGUUAGGGACAAUAAAUCAAUUGAUCCUGAUAUUGUUAGAAGCUUGAGUCGAAUGCUGGAUGAACACAAUGUUCAUGCAAAAGCUUUUAGGAUGGCAAGAGAUAAAUUACAAGCUGGGAAUGUUAAAGAAUUGAAACUGAGACUCAUUCAUGAUAGAAAAACUGAUGGAAGAAUUUACAAUACACCGACAGUUUCUGAAGUAGCAGCUCUAAUUGUAGGUGAUGUUGAUGCUGGAGAUUCAAGAGAUAUAAUCAUUCAAGAAAAAGGUGGAAAACUUACCAGAAUUAAUGAGUUUCAUGCAUCUUACCUUGGAUACCAAUAUCCUCUAAUAUUUCCAUAUGGUGAAGAUGGAUUUAGACGUGGGACACUUCACAAGGAGAGACCUGAUGUUGUUAUUACAAAGAGGAACCGGCUUACUAUUAUGGAUUGGCUAUCUUUUCGAAUUCAAAUGAGAAAAUCAGAAGCUAAAACACUGUUGUGCUCAAGAAGACUUUUCCAACAGUUUUUAGUUGAUGGUUUUACAAUGAUGGAGGCUGAAAGAUUAUCAUUUGUACGCAAUAAUCAGUCCACUUUGAGGGUCGGAAAAUACCAAAGACUCAAUGCUUCUACUGAAUCACAGUCAAAAAGUGGUAAGAGAGUAGUAUUACCUUCAUCUUUUGUUGGAAGCAAGAGGUACAUGGAUCAAUUAUAUUUUGAUGGUAUGGCGAUAUCUGCAUCAGUUGGAUUUCCAGAUUUGUUCAUCACAUUUACUUGCAAUCCAAACUGGCCUGAAAUCACUAGGUUGCUUUCGAAGCAAAAUUUAAAGGCUCAUGAACGCCCAGAUAUCAUAACAAGAGUUUUCAAAAUCAAAUUAACUGAGCUACUUAAAGAUCUUACCAAAAAACAUGUUCUAGGAAAGGUCAUGGCAUUUUUGUACACUAUUGAAUUUCAAAAGCGUGGCCUGCCUCAUGCACAUAUCCUCCUUUUCCUUCAUCCGGAGAGCAAAUAUCCAUCACCUGAUGACAUUAACAAAAUCAUCUCAGCUGAAAUUCCAGAUCCAACAAGUCAAAAAGAAUUGUAUAUGUUGGUUAAAACUCAUAUGAUCCAUGGUCCAUGUGGAAGAACGCAUACAGAAUCACCUUGCAUGCGUGAGGGAAGGUGUUCCAAAUAUUUUCCAAAGAAGUAUCAAGAGACAACAAUUGUUGAUCAAGAAGGAUAUCCUGUUUACAGGAGAAGAAGCAAUGGUUUCACCAUAGAAAGAAGUGGUAUAACAAUGGAUAAUCAAAAUGUUGUGCCUUACAAUCCAUUUUUGUUAUUGAAAUAUCAUGCUCACAUCAAUAUGGAAUGGUGUAACCAAUGUACUUCUAUCAAAUAUCUUUUCAAAUAUAUACACAAGGGUUAUGAUCGUAUCACAGCUGCUAUUUCUAGGUCAAAUCAGAAGAACAAUUCAAAAAAUGAAGAAAUUGAUGAAGUCAAAGAAUACAUUGAUUGUAGAUAUGUGUCUCCAAGUGAAGCUUGCUGGAGAAUUUUCUCUUUUGCCAUCCAUGGUCGUAAACCAGCUGUUGAGAGAUUGUUCUAUCAUUUGGAAGGACAACAUUCUGUUUAUUUCCAAGAUUAUGAACGAAUAGACGAUGUUCUUCUUAAACCAAGUGUCACUGAAUCUAUGUUUACAGCAUGGUUUGAAGCCAACAAAAAGUUUCAAGAAGGCAGGACAUUGACCUAUGGCCAAUUUGUUUCAAAAUUUGUAUAUGUCAAGAAGAAAAGACUUUGGAAACCCAGAAUAAGAGGAUUUACAAUUGGAAGAUUAAUUUGGGUGCCACCAACAACAGGAGAGCUGUAUUAUUUAAGAAUGAUGCUAACUGUAGUCAAAGGACCUACUUGCUAUGAUGACCUCAGGAAAAUUGACCAAGAUCAAUAUGUUACCUACAGAGAUGCAUGCUUUGCGAUGGGAUUUCUUGAAGAUGAUCGGGUAUACAUCAAUGCUAUCAAGGAAGCUAAAGACUGGGGCUCUGGACACUUUUUGAGAAAGCUUUUCGUCAUUUUGCUACAAUCAAAUACAAUGAAUCGUCCUAGACAUGUUUGGGAUGAAUCCAAAAUUUGGCUCGCUGAUGGUAUUUUGUAUCACCAGCGCAUCAUUGCAAAAAAUAGAGGUCUACAGUUAACUGAUGCACAAAUUGAAAAUUUAACACUCAUUGAGAUUGAAAAAUUACUACAGGCCAAUAGAAAAAGUUUGGCAGAUUUUCCAUGUAUUCCCUAUCCAAAGCAUUAUGUUACUGCUAAUUUGGGGAAUAGACUUAUUUAUGAUGAAACCAAUUAUGAUAUUCAAGAACAAAAACAGGAAUUCCAAACUUUGUUUAGAGCACUCACAGCUGAACAAAGAGAAAUAUAUCAUACUAUAAUGAGGGCUGUUCAAAAACAAAAAGGAGGUGUUUUUUUCUUACAUGGUUAUGGAGGAACUGGUAAAACCUUUAUGUGGAGGACACUUGCUUCAUCUUUGAGAUCAAGAUCACAGAUAGUGUUGACCGUCGCUUCGAGUGGAAUAGCAUCACUAUUACUACCUGGUGGCAAAACUGCUCAUUCAAAGUUCAAAAUUCCAGUUCCAACCUUAGAUAAUUCUACAUGUGAAAUUGAACACAAUGAUGAUUAUGCUGGCCUUCUGAAACAGACAAAAUUGAUUAUAUGGGAUGAGGCUCCAAUGGCUCACAGAUUCACAUUUGAAGCCCUUGAAAGAACUUUGAGAGAUGUGAUGAGUUCAUACAAAAACUCAGACACUAUUUUCGGUGGAAAGGUCAUUGUAUUUGGAGGAGAUUUCAGACAAAUUCUGCCGGUAGUUCCUAGAGGUAGUCGUUCAGAUAUUGUAAAUGCUUCCAUAAAUUCAUCAAAAAUUUGGGAUCAUUGUAAAGUCUUAACUCUAACAAAAAAUAUGAGGCUACAAGGAAAUGGAAAUUGUGAUGAACUGAAAAAGUUUUCUGAAUGGAUUUUGAAAGUUGGAGAAGGAAAACUUGCUGUUCCAAACGAUGGUUAUGCAGAUAUCGAUAUUCCAAAAGACCUCCUGAUUCUUGAUUAUGAUGAUCCUAUACAUGCAAUAGUUCACAGUACUUAUCCAAACUUGAUUGAACAUUACAAGUCUGCGAAUUUCCUACAAAGCAGAGCAAUAUUGGCCUCAACAAUUGAAGUUGUUGAACAGAUCAAUUCCUAUGUUCUAACCUUGAUCCCAGGUGAAUCCAAAGAUUAUUAUAGCUGUGACUCUAUCGAUCGAUCUGAUGUCAAUGACUGUCAAAUCUUUGAGACACUAACACCAGAGUUUCUUAAUUCUCUUCGGACAUCUGGUCUGCCAAAUCACAAAAUCACUUUGAAAAUUGGAACACCAAUCAUGCUCAUGAGGAAUCUCGAUCCUUCGGAAGGAUUGUGUAAUGGUACUAGGUUGAUAGUAACCAAACUUGCAAAUCAUGUCAUUGAGGCUAGAAUAAUCAGUGGCAAAAAUAUUGGUGGAGUUCUUUACAUUCCUAAAAUGAAAAUGUCUCCAUCUCAAGCACCAUGGCCAUUCAAACUCAACCGAAUUCAAUUUCCAAUAAUUGUGUCCUAUGCAAUGACUAUUAAUAAAUCUCAAGGGCAAUCAUUGGACAACGUUGGUUUGUACUUACCAAAAGAUGUUUUCAGCCAUGGUCAGUUAUAUGUGGCAAUGUCAAGGGUUACAACAAAACAAGGUUUAAAGAUAUUGAUACAUGAUAAAGAUAAGAAAGCAGCAAAUGUUGAAUCAACUACUACUACUAAUGUAGUUUUUAAAGAAGUGUUUGCUAAUCUUUAG